AUGGAUCAAGGUGUAGAAAAACUGUUGAACCAAAUCAACGACCUGGAGUCUAAGAACCGGUUGAUUCACAUGCAAAUCGAGGAGAUGAAAACCACUGAAAAGGAGUUGCAAAAAAGUGAGAAGGAGCUCGUGUCAGACAUAGAAAACAUCUGCAAGCAACUGAAAAGUAUGGAAAAGGAGGAAAUCGAAUUGAAUAAUGACAUAACCCGCGUUAACCUAAUAUGCAAAAAUGUGGAAGCGACACUGCACAACGAAUUUGUGAAGGUCGAAAUAGCAGCACAAAAAAUCAAUCAAGUAUAUUGCCAUGAAGAAAAUGAAAAGAACAUCAACACCGAUUUGGGAAAAAGUAUCGACAAGGUAAAGGAUUGUCUAAAUAAAAUGAACCCUUCCAAUGAGGACUUGAUUGCAUUAAAAGAGGUGCGAAGAAAGAAUUUUCUUUUAAAUAAUGUUUCGAUAGAGGAUCUGUAUGAAAUUUAUGAGGACACGAAAGAUCAGUACCAAGAGAAUUCCUUCAAAAAUCAGUGUCACAAAAUUGCCAUUGUCGAUUAUAAAACUCAUUCGUACUUUUGUAACCCCACUCACUUGAUACACAUGACAAAUAUGCUAAUAGAAAAAGUAAGAGAGAGCACCCCUGACCAGAAUUUUAAUUUUGCGAACCUCGCUAGCUACUACGGAUUAUGCAAAGGAAAAAAGAAGGAACGGAUAGAAAACUUCGGCUUGUCUGAGUUGAAUAAAAUAAUGAUAAAUCAUUACAAGGCAAAGAAGAUUAACGUCAACAGCUCUGCCUGA